GCGAAAACUUGUUCGAUGCACUUGUCCUUGUUGUUAACGUGUUGAUGCCCCUCACGCGGUGAGUUGAAUGUUGAUAUUGUUGUUGAAGAGAGAAAGAGACUGCGGAUCCGCGAAGAGAAGCGAGUCGAAGAGCAACAGGCCCCACCAAAGUAGUUCUACGCCCACCAGAACGCGUCGCGUGCUCGAGAGACGACAAGGCUACAUGUAGACAAGACACGACACCGAGCAACAUCAACAGCAUUGAGAGGGACGAGGACUCUCUGGAGAUGCGACCAGAUAAAGAGCAGGAAGACCAGCGGAGGAUUGUGUAGUACAGGAUACAGGAACAGGAUACAGGAUACAAGACACAAGUCAUGGUGUCCCAUCACCCACCUCCAUACUCGGACCUUGGUCGCCAUCCAGCGCUGCCUUCUCUGCCAGCAGCAGCGCCGGCACCGCGAGCAUCUUCAGUCACAUCAGGCCGUUCCCACACGCGGCGACAUCGACACGCGAGGUCGCACCACGGCGGUUCCACGCACCUCUCCCAGAACGAGUUUCCCGUUUUUUCGCAUACAGGAGAUGUCGAGAUUGUCGUGAGUAGUGCCAAUGGCAGGAAGGUCAACAGAUAUCUCCUACAUCGCCUCAUCCUAAGUCAAGGCUCGGGAUUCUUUGAGGCCGGCACACGAGCCGAAUGGAGCGGCAGGACAAUCGAGAAUGGCCCUGUCACAGGCGGAGGGCUACCACGCAUUAGUGAGAAUGAUAGUGUGACUGCUGGGAGUAGCUCGCGGACGAGUAGCCAGGAGCGGAGACCAUCAUUUGAGCAAGCCAAGAAACGCUGGAGAUAUGAGCUGGACUGGAAUGCUGCUGCUGGCGAUCCGGAUGUGCCCCCUAUGUUGGUCCAGAAGGACACGGGAACAGGCUCAAUCUUUGGUGCGGAUGGGCCACCUGCAGUUCGCAGCAGACCUCCAACGAGCAACGACCAGUUCUUUCGCAGUGUAUCGGAUCUCUCGUCGCUGAACUUGAAUGAGAGAGAUCAGCCGAGUACAAUAGUGGAGCCUGGAGACGAAGUGCUCAAAGACUACGACAAUCUCUUUCGCGCGAUGUAUCAGUACCCUCCAAACCUCGACACUGUGAACAUCGCUACAGCUUACACUGAGUGCAAGGCCUUGCUCCAUCUGGCCGAUAUGUACGAUGCAUUGGAGAUUGCAGGAAACCGCGUGGAUCAUCACCUCCUGCGAUUUGGUGCCAGGCUGUUCAAGCAGAUCGCUAAAUACCCGCCUUCAUAUCUGAAACUUGGCUAUCUUGCGCGCUCAAGGACCAUCUUCACAGAAGCUCUCAUACAUGUUGUUGGACAGUGGCCGCUUGCCGCUCCACAACUGCGCGGCCAAGUAGAUUCUAGCGUCAUGGAGCUUCUGGAAGACAAGGUUGAUGAGCUGAACGAGGUCGAAGAACGGGUCGAAGCCAAGUUGUGGCGAGUGAACCUGACUACUAGCAGAGGCGAAAGAGUCAACCCGAACAACGACUUUUUGAGUUGGCUUGCGGUAUCAUUGUUUCGACAAUGGUUCGCAGAAAAAACAACUCCUGCGCCUGCUGGAAUUCUCAAGGAUAAUACGAGGCCUGGUUCAGGCACAACAGGACAAAAUACUACGAGAGCGGCAAGCAGGAGCAGUCACCAUAUCGCCUCGCAACGAGUACAACCACCCCCACCACAGCCCUCGCAACCCAUCAAUAUUGGGCGAGUAUAUCGACAGAUAGGAUCAGCAGACACAUCAGCAUAUUUGGUACGGGAUGAUCUGAAGCGCUUUCUCAAAAGUCCCGCAGCACAGCUAGGCACCGACCUGUACAACCGCGACAAUCUUCGACGCUUGGAGCGUCGUGUCGAAGAAGUCAAGAACUUGGCUCGUGAUGUUGUGAAGCCUUUAAUGCGGAACUUUCUCGAGCUGGAUCUUCGCGACUUUGGGCCAGCAGGAUUGGGAUAUUUGACGUGCACCAGAGUGGAAACGAGAGAUCUGCCGUGGGACGAGUAGGUGAAUUGAUUGCAUUGGCAGAACCAGCAAGACAUAAUUGAUGUUGAUGAGCGAGCGAGAUACCCCAGAUAAUGAGUUUACGACAAUGUGGAUAUAAUCCGACUAUGAAGUACUGUCUGUAAGAAGAGGGCAAUUUAAUC